UUCGAUCACUAAUUCCACCAUAUUCCAUUCCCUUGUUUCUCUCGCUCUCAAUCCGCCAUGUCGGACGACGAAGGAGGCGGAGAAGACUACCUUUUCAAGGUAGUGAUAAUCGGAGACUCAGCAGUUGGCAAAUCCAACCUCCUUUCACGCUAUGCUGGUAAUGAAUUCAACCCGCAUUCCAAAGCCACCAUUGGAGUCGAGUUCCAGACCCAAAGCUUAGAAAUCGAUGGCAAAGAAGUUAAAGCUCAGAUUUGGGACACAGCUGGUCAAGAAAGGUUCCGUGCCGUCACUUCUGCUUAUUACAGAGGUGCUGUUGGUGCCCUUAUUGUUUAUGAUAUCAGUAGAAGAACCACCUUCGAUAGUGUCGGUCGCUGGCUUGAUGAACUCAAGACGCAUGCUAAUACGACCAUGGCAAGGAUGUUGGUUGGCAACAAAUGUGACUUGGAAACUAUCAGAGAAGUGAGUGUUGAAGAAGGCAAAAGCCUAGCUGAAGAACAAGAGUUGUUCUUCAUGGAAACAUCAGCUUUAGAUUCAACAAAUGUCGAUAAGGCUUUUGAGAUUGUUAUACGAGAGAUUUACAAUAAUGUCAGCAGGAAGGCCCUGAGCUCGGAUACUUGCAAAUCCGAAUUAUCCAUCAAUCGGAUAUCCCUUACAAAGAGUGAAACUGAUGGAUCAAAGCAAACGGGUAGUUUUUCCUGCUGUUCCAGGUGAUCUUAUACAUUUUAGAGAAAAAAGUGUACAAGGUGAGGAUUCCCCAUGGCGUGUUUAAUUUAUUUUGGUCGGUUGAUUUGCUGUUUUUAUUUUUGGGUCAAUGGAUGUGUUUUGUUGAGGGAUUCUUUUGUUACUGAAAACCAUAUGAUAUUGCAUAGUUUGAAUUA